AUGAGCGAGCACGGGGAGAAGCGCCCGCCCGCGGACGACUGGGACCGCGGCAAGAAAUCGAAGAAGAAGCGCCAGAGGAACGGCGGGAAGGUGCGACCGAACGCGACGCGCGCGACGCGAUCCGCCGACGCUUUUUUCUCUCGCCGCCGCCGCCGACUUUUUCCUCGCGGCGGGCGUCGCGCUCCGUCCCAUCCCAUCCGUCGUCCGUCCGUCCGUCCAUCCAUCCAUCCGCCGACGCCUCCUUUUCCUCCUCCUCCUCCUCCUCCUCCUCCUCCUCCUCGUCAGUACGGCGACGUCUUCCCCGGGCAAGAGCGCCGCCGCGAGAUCGACGUCGCGUGCGCGAACGGCGACGUCGACGCCGCGUUCGCCGCGUUCGACGCCGCCGUCGAUGCGGACGAACCGCUGCAGCCGCACACGUGCAACGUGCUGUUGCACCUCGCGUCCGGCGGCGUCGCCGGGGGAGGGCACGCGCACAAGGGGAAGAGCGCGGCGGCGGCGGCGGCGGGAAGCGAGGGCGGCGGCGAUGGCGGCGGCGGCGGCGACGGCGGCGACGGCGCCGCCGCCGCCGCGGACGCGCACGCGAAGAUCGUCGUCCCCGCGAGAGACGCCGUGCACCCCGCGCGCGCGCAGGCGGUCUUCGAUCACAUGGCGAAGAAAGACAUCCCGCGGACGGAGAUGUCGUACACCGCGCUCGCGCGGGUGAGAGCCGCGUGCGGCGACGCGGAGGGCGCGUUCGAGCUCGCGAAUACGGUGGAGUCGGAACCGCGACUGGCGCCCAAGUUGCGGACGUUCGCGCCCGCGUUGCACGCGUUCGCCAUCGCCGGCGAGGUACGCGCGCCGCACGCACGAAUCACGCGCUGCCACGUGUACAAUCCCGCCUCUUCUCCGCGUGCAUCGCAUCACGUCGACCACUCGUUCGUCCACGUUGACCGCGCGUUCGCCGUCGACGCCGCCGUCCGCGCCGCCGCGGGCGGGACCAUCGAGAUCGGCGAGGCCGAGUUCGCGGUCGUACUCGACGCGCUGCGCGCCAAAGAACGUUGGGACGACGGCCUGGCGUGGCUGCGCCGGUGCGCGGACGAGGUGCGGACGUUGGGGGAGGGCCUCUCGGCGGCGGCGGCGGCGUUUUUUAAAGCCGCGCCGGGCUGGCGUUUCUGCGACGCGGGCGCCGUCGAGACGGACGAGACCACCGGCGCGAUCGUCGCCACGGUCGACGACGUCGGGACCAAACGCAACAUCCAGCUCGUCGCGAUGAACCUAUCCGCGGAAGACCGCGCGUCGCUGCUCGCGGGGAUCGGCAAGCUCGCGAGGGAGCGAGAGGCUGGGGGCAAUUUCGACGGCUUCGUCGGGUGGCUGCGGCGGCGCGGCCCUCUGCCGUUUUUAGUCGACGGCGCGAACGUCGGGAUGUACAACCAGAACUUCAGCGAGUCGCGGUUUAACUUUCAGCAGGUGGAGAAGGUCAUGGAUCGUCUGAGGCCGCGCGCGGCGGCGACCGCGGCGAGCAGGGGCGCGGCGUUGGGGGGGAGCGUCGACGACGACGCCGACGCGGCGGCGGCGCCGGCGGUGGAAGCGGAAGCGGAAGCGGACGUAGACGCGCCGCCGGCGGCGGAAGCGGACGCGGACGCGGACGCCGCCGAGGAGACGAAAGCGCCCGAGACCGCCGACGCUCCCGUCGACCCCGCGCGAGUGGACGCGGACCUCGCGGCGCUCCUCGCGACGCGCCCCGGGUCCGCGGUCCCCGUCAACUUCCUCCACGUCAGACGCGUCAAAGGCGGCCCCGCCAAUCACCACAGGUCCAAACAGAUCGUCGACCGGUGGAAGCGCGCGGGGGAGCUGUUCACGACGCCCGCGGGAAGCAACGACGACUGGUACUGGCUCUACGCCGCGGUCGCGUCCGGGGACGACGCGUUCCUCGUCUCGAACGACGAGAUGCGCGACCACGUGUUUCAGAUGUUGCCGUCGCCGAAGCUCUUCGCGCGGUGGAAGGAGCGGCAUCAGGCGCGUUCGUAUUCACACCGGUUCCCAUACGACCGCUGCCGGUUUCACAUGUCCUCCGCGACGGGUCUGGAGGUGUACUACCCGCCCGCGUUCAGCGCGCAGACGCAGGAGGGGAAGGACAGGGCGUGGUGGGCGUUUCCGUUGGACGACGGGACGUGGACGUGCGCGGUGAGGGAGGCGGCGUGA